GCUUUGUAGAAAUACAAAUGUAUAUUUCAGUUUUUAAUCGGCUAGGGCCGCCGCCUCUUACCGUGUUGGUGCGGCAAACAGCACGUAGAGCUUAGUCCGCAUCCAGCGAACAGUAAUGGUAUCUCCUCCAACCCCCCAUCGAUUUUGCCAAAUACUAGAGAUCCAACCACUAAAUUCUGUUGUAAUCAUGCGUCAAACCCGGCACAUUAUUCUAUGCGGAAUACACUAGCUACAGUGAUUCGUUAGUGGCCUGAAUUUGUCUUUGGUGAUUGCUCGCCCUCAUGCCGUGGGCUUGGGGCAAUUGCUUCAAUCCCCGCCCCAAAUAGGAUCAUGGGAACGCCAUUGCAACGUUCCCCAAAGCGCAAACGAGAUGCUGCAGAAAAGGAUCACUACAGUCCGCCAUCCUCACCGACUUCUUCCAUAUCGGUAGCAAGCCUCCAAGAAGCCCGGCUGAUUGAAGCGGAAGAUAUAGGACGACAUAGUCCCCGCACUGUUGUCGCCAGUCGCAUGAAGGAGCUCGCAAUUCGAGAAUCGAGCCUCAACCUAGAUAUGAAUCGCAGCAACCUAACAGCACGAAUUCAACAGUCUGCUCCUAAUGAAGGGCAAGAUACGUCGACUGAGACGGUCGAACAACCACUGUCCUCAUCGAUAGAAGAAGUGGACCGAGAAUACGAUGUCAGCUCAAAAGAAGUUGACGAACAGAAAGUUGAAGAUCUGCCAACCCAGGCGACAUGUCAGCUAGAAAGAGUACCUUCUCGCAAGAAGGUAAAGCCUGUUCCUGCUUCGUCAAGAACCAGGAAAAAGGCUUCAUCUCCACCCGUCGAGAAUGUCCCUCUCAACCCACUAACAUGGAGUGACUGCGAGAUCACGGGCCAUAGCCCUACUGAUCCAACUGAUGACGGGUACGGGAUAAAUGGUAUCGGCUUUAAGCCAACCCCUGCGAUUGCGUGGGCACGAUCUCAGCAAAGACAAAAGCAAGUCGCCGAGUGGAAGCACCGAGAAGACAGAGAAGCAAGGGAAAAACGCAGAGAGCGUCGUGAGGGCAUGGUCCCAGACGCAUCGAAUGAAACAGCUGGAGCAGCGCAGAAAAAGGUUAAAUUUAAUCUUAGCUGAUAGUGAGGAGCUUACAAUGUCCACGACAUUUGGGAGUGGCCCUUUACCUGUAUUAGAUAUGGCUUUCCUAUGUAAAUGCUUCUUGGUACAGAUUGGAGCAUUCUUGGAUA